AUGGCAUUAGUAAAUAAACUUAUCCUUAUCCUCCUUUCUAUAACUACCCCCUCAUUGGCCAUGACGGAGUUUGUCAGUGCAAAUACUACUGCUUCAACAUCUGUAGAGAGGUGCCAGCUUAUUGGAGACCCCGACCUUUAUGGCCUUGGAGUUCGCCUUAGUUUUUACAUCUCCUGGGCAGCCGGCUUGCUUGCAUCUGCACUUGGCACUAUUGAGGCAUUGAAAUCGCCGCGGUUCAAUUCCAACGUGCUGCUUUUCACAUUGUUGAUUGUUUUAAUUCACAGUGUGCAUCGUGGCAGCUUUGCCGCUUUGGAAUGGUAUAUUGUUAUCAACUUGGCCUUCAUGUCACUAUCUACGCAUAUCCACCUUAUUCCGUUUUUCGUCUUUCCUGCUAUAAAGGCACUACUAGCGAGAGUACUCAUGCCAACUUUGGAAGGUUACAUGGAGGAGAACAAUCCAACAGGAACGGAAGAUCCCACGCCACUGCCUCAACUGUCAUCGCUUAACCAAAAUGCUGCUAUUGAUAGCAACCCCGAGGAAAUAAUAGAGGAUGGAGUUGAAAAAGAAGCGAAAAGGCGAGUUGGAAAACUCUACCGAAUUAUUUACUAUAACGAUCCAGUUGGCUUUGGGUUUACGUUCCUCAUCUAUGGCAUUUUUGGCUGCUGUAUGCCAUGGGUACACUUUGCUAGGUCAAGAUCCGGCUACAUGGAUAACUGUUCUGUACCUGUUGUUUACUUCGGAACCUUUGAUAUCUACAACCGGCAUUGGCAAACAUUCCUCAAGGUCACCACAGUGAUAUGGGUACCAUUUAGUUGUCUGGCUAUCUUGCUUGGGUCCUACAUGGUUACCAGAGGCAUUAUGAAGCAGAGAAUGUAUGCGCGGACACUUGAAAUGAUGAGAGAGCAGAAAAACAACCAAAUCGGAGCCUUAUGGUCGGACCUGGAUAACAUAAAAGAUUCUCUUGAUAAUGGGCAACAAGUUCCUGGAGUGGUAUCAGAGGGAGCAAAUACAUCCGAACCCAUACAGCCUAUAAGUGAUACCAACCAACAGACCACUGGAUCCCGGAAGAACAAUGCAACUGAAGAAGAUGAGAAGCAAGAGGUGAUAAAGAGGGUAUCUGAGGUUCAGAAUCGAUACUGCAGUCGGAACAGAAUCGCACGCCUAACUUCCUUUGUUGUGAUAGCAUUCUCUGGAAUUAUCUCAAUUUGGAAUGUUGAGAUGACAAUACAGAAGAAUCAAAUCAACAUGGAUGACAACUUGAGCUCUAGUACUGGCCAAUUACUUGCAUUUAUUAUUGCUAUACUUACUAUAGGGAAUUUCAUAUGGGAAGUUGUUAAACUUGGUUAUGAAGAGAAAAGGGUUAGAAAGGAAGUAAAUAAAAUACAGGAAAAAGUAAAAUAUUAA